CCCAGAUGGCCACCUUUGCCACCUUCUGCUUUCUCUUCUGCUUGUCGAUGUCGUAUUAUCUUCAAGCUUUCCCUGCCAUGGCACAUGAAUGGCCUAGAGGGGGCUCGACCAGGUUCUAUGAUUUCAAGGUGCAAACCUUGAGAGUUACUAAGCUGUGUAACACCAAAGAGAUUGUUACCAUUAACAAGAUGUUCCCGGGACCUGUAGUUUACGCCGAAGAGGACGAUAGAAUCAUCGUCAAGGUCACCAAUGAGACCCCCUACAAUGCCACCAUUCACUGGCAUGGUGUUAGGCAAAAGCUAUCAUGCUGGUCCGAUGGUCCAUCUUACAUUACCCAGUGUCCCAUUCAAGCUGGCCAGACUUUCACGUACGAGUUCACGAUGGUGAAGCAGAAAGGCACCUUUUUCUGGCAUGCCCAUGUUUCUUGGCUUAGGGCCACUGUUUAUGGUGCCAUUGUUGUGUAUCCUAAGGCUGGGGUCCCCUACCCUUUCAAGCAUCCAUACGAAGAACAUAUUGUAAUCCUAGGGGAGUACUGGCUAAAAGAUGUACUGCAACUAGAGCAACAAGUUCUAGCAAGCGGAGGAGCCGCUCCACCGGCUGAUGCAUUUACCAUUAACGGUCACGCAGGCCCUAACUACAACUGCUCCAAAAACGGUGUAUACAAGAUCAAUGUGGUUCCCGGGAAGACAUAUAUGUUGAGGCUAAUCAACGCAGCGUUAAACAUGGAGAACUUCUUUACCAUAGCUUAUCAUAAAUUAACAAUUGUGGAGGCCGAUGCCGAGUACACCAAGUCGUUCACCACAGACCGUGUGAUGCUGGUACCGGGGCAGACCAUGAAUGUCCUUGUCACAGCUGAUCGGCCCAUAGGAAAGUACUCCAUGGCCAUGGGACCUUACAUGUCUGCCCAAAAUGUUUCGUUUCAAAACAUAUCGGCGAUUGCUUACUUCGAAUACGAAGGUGCAUCCCCUAACAGUUUAUCAUUACCGGCUAACUUACCUAGCUUUAACGAUAACCUUGCUGUAAAGACUGUCAUGGAUGGUCUUAGAAGCCUUAAUCCUGUUAAUGUUCCAAAAGAGAUCGAUACUUGCUUGUUUGUCACCGUGGGGUUAAACGUCAACAAAUGCCUGUCCAAGACACCGCAGCAGAACUGCCAAGGCACGAACACCGGGACAUUUGCAGCUUCCAUGAACAAUAUAUCCUUCGUGAAGCCUACUGUAUCUAUUUUGGAAACUUACUAUAAGAAGAUCGAUGGUCAUUUCACCGAGGACUUCCCCGGGGCACCCCUUAAAUUCUAUGACUUCGUCAAUGGGGCACCAAAUAAUGCUCCUAAUGACACACAGGCCAUCAAUGGAACUAGGACCAAGGUCAUCGAAUUCGGAAGCAGGGUCCAAAUUAUCUUCCAGGACACCAACACAGUCACAACCGAAAACCAUCCGAUUCAUCUCCAUGGAUACAGCUUCUAUGUUGUCGGAUAUGGUACGGGGAAUUUCAAUCCGCAGACUGCAAACUUCAACUUGAUCGAUCCACCUUAUAUGAACACAAUCGGUGUCCCCGUCGGAGGAUGGGCAGUAAUUAGGUUUGUCGCUGACAAUCCAGGGGUUUGGUUUAUGCAUUGCCACUUAGACAUACACCAAUCGUGGGGAUUAGGCGCGGUAUUGAUAGUGGAGAACGGAAAGGGAGAGCUCGAGACUUUGCCUCAUCCUCCUGCAGACCUGCCUCGCUGCUAGACCACCUUGCAUUGG